AAGCGGGCUCUUGAAAAAAUGGCGCCGUUGUCGCUGGUGAUCAACUGAGACCGAACCUGGGCGAUCUGUGGUCAAGCCAGGGCUCCGACCUGGGACUUGUGGGCCAGGGCACUGGGAAGGCGGGCGAUGGCGACUGUGGAUCAUAAGUCCCCGAAUCUACUGUUGCAAAGCCUGUGCUGCCGGAUUCUGGGCCGCAAUGAGGCUGAUGUGGCUCAACAAUUCCAGUACGCUGUGAGAGUAAUUGGAAGUAACUUUGCUCCCACCGUGGAAAGAGAUGAAUUUCUUGUCGCUGAAAAGAUCAAGAAAGAAAUGGCAAGACAGAGGAGAGAGGCAGAUGCUGCUUUGUUUGCAGAACUUCACCGUAAACUGCAAUCACAGGGCAUUAUAAAAAACAGAUGGGCUGUACUCUACCUGCUGCUAAGCCUGAGUGAGGAUCCACGUAAACCCCAAAGCAAGGUUGCUAAUUAUGCAGCAUUAUUUGCUCAAGCAUUGCCAAGAGAUGCUCAUUCUACCCCUUAUUAUUACUCAAGACCCCAGAGUCUGCCCCUAUCUUAUCCUGAUAGAGCUCCCUCAUCUCAGAGUGCUGGCAGCAUUGGAAGCAGUGGAGUUGGUAGUCUUAGUGUGUAUGGCUUAAAUGGACCAACCCCAACUCCUCAGUCUUUAUUACCUGGACAAACAUACCAAACAACAGGAACGGCAGAUACAGUGAGGCAGCAACUAGGAUCACGGUUUGCAUGGGCUUUAUCUGCUGCUCAACCUCCAUUAUCUACCUCAAAGGGCCUCCCAAGUUCCAUUUCUCGCAAUAUGUCAAGAAUGAGACGUGAAGGAGAACAUGGAUCAUCUUCAGAAGUGACAGAGGCAGCUCUGGUCAGAGAUAUUCUAUAUGUCCUGCAAGGAAUUGAUGGCAAAUCUAUUAAAAUGUGUAAUUCUGAAAACUGCUAUAAAAUUGAUUCCAAGAUGGGAAUAUCAAAGUCUUUGAGGGAUACUGCAAGUAGAUUAGCAGAACUUGGAUGGCUUCACAACAAAAUAAGAAAGUACACUGACCAGAGAUGCUUGGACCGUGCAUUUGGUCUUGUGGGUCAGAGCUUUUGUGCUUCCUUGCAUCAGGAGUUGAAGGAAUAUUAUAGAUUGCUGUCUGUUUUGCAUUCCCAGAUACAAGUGGAAGAUGACCAAGGUGUAAAUGUUGGUCUGGAAAAUAGCCUAACACUCCGCCGCCUACUGAUUUGGACCUAUGAUCCCAAGAUGAGACUGAAGACACUUGCAGCACUUGUUGAUCAUUGCCAGGGAAGGAAAGGCGGAGAGUUAGCAUCUGCUGUCCAUGCUUAUACUAAGACUGGAGACCCAUACAUGAGAUCACUGGUGCAACACAUUCUUAGCCUCGUAUCACAUCCCAUCCUUAACUUCCUUUACCGCUGGAUUUAUGAUGGAGAGUUGGAGGAUACAUACCAUGAGUUUUUUGUAGCUUCCGAUCCGACAGUGAAGGCUGACAGACUGUGGCAUGACAAAUAUACGCUGAGAAAGUCAAUGAUCCCUUCCUUCAUCACAAUGGAUAAGGCCAGAAAGGUCCUUUUGAUUGGAAAAUCUAUCAAUUUCUUGCAUCAAGUGUGUCAGGACCGAACUCCAACAGCAAAGAUGAUGAUGGCUGUGACAAAAUCUGCUGUUUCACCGAAAGAUGCUGCUGAGUUGUUCACUGAUUUGGAAGGUGCUUUUCAAGAAAAGAUUGAUUCAGCUUAUCAUUUAACCAGCAAAUACCUACUGGAUGUCCUCAACCAGAAUUAUCAUUUGCUGGAGCACAUUAAGGCUGUGCGGCGUUACUUGCUGUUAGGUCAAGGAGAUUUUGUUCGACACCUCAUGGACUUAUUGAAGCCAGAGCUGGCGCGAUCAGCCUCGACAUUGUAUCAGCAUAAUCUGACUGGAAUCCUUGAGACAGCUGUCAGAGCCACCAAUGCACAGUUCGAUAGCCCUGAGAUUCUGAAACGUCUGGAUGUUCGCCUUCUGGAGAUAUCAGCUGGAGAUACAGGUUGGGAUGUCUUCAGUUUGGAUUAUCAUGUUGAUGGCCCAAUUGCAACAGUAUUUACUCGAGAGUGUAUGAGCCAUUAUUUAAGAGUAUUCAACUUUCUCUGGCGAGCAAAGCGAAUGGAGUACAUUCUCACUGAUAUCUGGAAAGGGCAAAUGUGUCAUGCUAAACUACUGAAAAACAUACCAGAAUUGUCAGGGGUGCUCCAGCAGUGUCAUAUUCUGGCAUCAGAAAUGGUACACUUUGUGCAUCAGAUGCAGUAUUACAUCACGUUUGAGGUGUUGGAAUGUUCAUGGGAUGAACUGUGGAAUAAAAUGCAGCAGGCACAAGAUCUUGAUCAAAUCACUGCUGCACAUGAAAGUUUCCUCAACACGAUAAUCUCUCGAUGUCUGCUGGACAGUAAUUCUGAAGAACUGUUGACGCAACUUCGAGCUCUGUUCGAUCGAAUCCUGGAGUUUCAAAGUGCUCAGGAUUCCAUGUACCGCUCAGCUCUGGAAGAAUUGCAUCUCCGGCUUCGUUAUGCAGACAUUAAGAAGCAACGACAAGCAGAGGGUAACUGGGGAACAACAACAGCUGAAGAAGAGGCAGAAAAUAAAAGAAUUCAUGAAUUUCAACAGUUAAUUCCAAAAAUGUGUUCCCAGAUACGUGUGUGUUCCCAUUUCUACCAGGACAUUGUUCAGCAAUUCCUGGUACUGUUGACAAAAAGUUCUGAUGAAAGUCUCCGUUUCCUUAACUUCAGGCUUGACUUCAACGAGCAUUACAAAGCAAGGGACCCUCGUCUGCGUACCUCACUGGGCAACACCAGGGGCAAACGCAGCUCAGCAUUGUAAACUGUUGUCCAAAUGUUUCCAGCUGUUACAAUUAGGGCUACAUUUACAUGUACCUUGGUUUUUUGCUCUCUCUGCCAUCCUGUGAAACCUAUGUUUGUAAUGGCUGUCAGUGAUGUACCACACCACUGGGAGUAGAGGGAAUGAUUAGUCAUCUGAUAAUGUUAAAUUUGUUGAGCAAGAAAUAUAUCCACAUAAAAGUGUAAGUUAUUUAUAAUCUAUGAAUGUUGAGUUUGAAGUUGAACUUAAAGCUUGAGCUGAUUGGCACUUCGCAAUUUUCAGCUUCACUUUGCUGAAAGAACUUUACAGUGUGUACAGAAAGGUGACUGUUCCAGACCUAAACCCACAUUUUAUUUUACAGAUGACACAAUUAUUUAAACUGCUAAACAAAAAUGAAGUUUCUUCAAUAACAAAAACUUUUUUUUAAAACUAAGAGACACUUGGUCCUUUUCAUGUAAUAUACAUUCUAGGUUGUCACAAUUGGUGUUCGUUUUAAAAACUC